AGAUUGUACGGCGCCAAUGGAUUCCAAUGGCAUUGUCGCCAGCACACUCCGGUUCCCCCUUCUCCACUCCACAGCACAUUCCGUACCACCGCUAGUACUAUCGAUUUACAAACAUGAUCUACGAAACGGUUCACAAGCCCGACAAUCCGAGGCAAAGGUACUUUAUGCGUGCAAGCAUGCGCGAAGCAGUGGAGAUUCACACGAAAGCCAUCAAUUUCGUGAGGAUAUUUGGUUACGAUGCAAGACUACCAUACCUGAUAGCAAUCGUCGUGGUGGUAGUUUCAAUGUCUUUAAACCUUUAUCGCUCUAUUCUAGCAAUGACGGAAAAAGAUGACAUGAAGAAUAUGUGUAACGCACUUGUUAUUGGUACCAUUCACGUUGUGGCUGUGUUCAUGGGUAACUAUAUCGGACAGGAAGUUAUCGACAAUAGCGUGGCUAUCUUUCAUGACAUAUAUAAUUCGCUGUGGUACUACUGUCCAGUAAAGAUGCAGAAAAUGGUAUUAUUGAUAAUGCAGAGAUCCAUUUCAGGCAGCAUGUUGGAUUUCUCCGGUUUAUUCUGUCCAAGCAACAAAGGUUUCGCAACGAUGAUGAGCUCGUCCUUCUCUUAUUUCACUACAAUCUGUUCGCUAAAAGGAAAUGUCUAGUAAGGGAGACCGGCGUUAAAAGUUUCGAUUUCGAGAAAACAUAAGCAAUGAAUUAUAGAAACAAUGUACUUAUCUUUUUUAUUUAAUAAAUUCUUCAUAGAAAUCA